AGGAUAAUGCGCGAACUCAGAAUAUGCGCUAACCUCAAGCAUCCAAAUAUUCUACCCGUUUAUGGUUAUACGCACGGGUUUGGCCCAUUUCUAGCGAUAGUCAGUCCUUGGGCGGAGAAUGGUAACCUAUCGGACUAUUCGGAGCUCGAGGGCCCGGCUCUUACUCUCGUCAGAAGAUUCCGGAUCCUCAGGGAUAUUAUAGCUGGUCUGCAAUAUCUUCAUGCCAACAGUGUCAUCCAUGGUGACUUCACUGGGCCUAAUGUGCUGAUUCAUGGUGAUGGCACCGCGUGUGUCGCUGACUUUGGUCUUUCCCUGAUGUAUUCCGAAGUUAUAAGUGCCUCUCAGGCUUCUUGGACAUCCACGCUGAAAGGAAACAUGCGAUGGAUGGCUCCUGAGCUGCUCGUUGAGCGGGAGGAUGGAUCUCAAGUCCGGCCAAGCGAGCAGAGCGACAUGUAUUCAUUUGGCGGUAUCAUGCUUCAGGUCCUCACCAACAAAGCACCCUACUAUCACCUUACGAAUGAUGCUGCCAUCAUUCUCUGCAUAGCCAAGUCGCAAACGCCUUCCCGAUCUCGUUAUCCCGAGCUCCCUGAACGAUACUGGCAGUUUAUUGAGGAAUGUUGGUCUACCGAUCCUCGGGACCGCCCAUCGACGGAGGGAGCUGAUGUGACGAUCAGGAAUGAAUAUUACUCGUUGUCGAGAUCUCGUUGAUUACUGAUUUGCAUUCAACAAAUCUGUUUGCAGUACAACCAACAAAACGAGGCAGAGUAACACGGUACUAGUACCUAUACUGCAAAUGUAGGCUUACUCCCAACAUCUCCUGCAAUAUGAUAUGAAAAUGCUGUAGUUACUGGUCUACGUCGUGUCCAACGUGUC